GUCCACUCCACUCUCGUCAAUCCGCCGGCUAGAGCGCUAGCAAUGCUAACAGGCUAAUAGCAUAGCUGUUUCGACAUAUCAGUGUGUUUCUUUUGUUCUCUAUUUGUCCGUGUUAGUCAUUGUAACUGCAGACAAGACGGAACCUACAUUAUCACGGCAAUCGCUUCAGUGAUAGUGGGGCGCUACUUAAUACUAGCCAGUUAGCUUAGCUAGCUUUUAAAGCUAAUAAUCUUUAACGAGGGCUAACGCUGAAGCAAAAUGUCGAAUAUGAUUUCAGUUGCAUUUGGUUAGAACGCGCAGACUCUUUUAGUUUGACGUCUGGCGGAGUUCGUAACAUUUGCGCACUUUCGCCGGACGAUGGACGAGCUGGUCCAUGACCUGGUAUCAGCGCUGGAGGAGAGCUCGGAGCAAGCUGCCCGUGGUGGUUUCGGGGAUGGAGGGGAUCACGCCCUGGCAGUGGGCUGCCUGCUGAAGCGGCAGGCUCGCAAGCGGAGGGGCCGGAAGCGGCGCUCGGACAACCCACACCCGCCGUGGGAGUCGGGCCACCUGAGCGAGGGCUCCGAGUCCAGCGUGGAGGAGCACAAGGACUAUCGUGCCGGCAUAGGCGGCGUGUCCGCCGCCAACAGCCACGCCCGCGACAACAGCGACUCGGAUGAACAACUCGGCCCCAAGCGUCGCACCCCUCUCACAACUGACAUGGCGCGGAGCAAGCGGCCGCUGUGGCCCGACGACCUCGCCACCCUGGGGGCCGCAGAAGGAACUCGCAGCCUCCGGCGGCGGCGCAAAGUCAAGCGCAUGGCUGUGGAUCCGCCGGCAGAACCGGAGCCGCCUUCCUCCACGAUGCUGGGGCCUCCACCCGUCCCCAAAGCCCGUGUUGGGGGCAGGCCGCACAGGCUGGGUGCAAGUGACAACAGGGGCGCUAUGGAGCUCUGUGAAGGCAGCCUGCUGGGCCCAGCCGGGGGGAAGAACAGGGUAAAGAAGCGGAAGCUGGCCACCCACAGGCUGGGAGCAGACGCUGCUGAUGAAGGGGUGGUGGUGGAGAGUGAGGACCCCAUUUCUUCACCAACAGCGGGAUCCAAGGAUAAGAUGGAGCUGGAGGAGCAAAAGGGCUCGGAUGAAGACAUGAGUGACAGGUGUGAAACCAGCAGUGUCAGUAACAGCAGCGAUGGCGGCCUCUACACCAAUGAUGAAGGGAGACAAGGUGAUGAUGAGCAGAGCGACUGGUUCUAUGAGGGGGAGCAUGGCUGUGGUUCAGCCCCAGGAGGUGCAUGCGGCAUAGCAGGAGUGGUUCCCUGGUGGGAGCGGGAGACGGGGUCAGAGGAGCUGGACCUCGCUGACCCAGUCUUCAACAGCAUCCUCACGGGAUCCUUCCCACUUAUGAGCCCUGGAGCACAGAGAGGCUUCCAGGCCAGACUGAGUCGUCUCCAUGGAAACCAGCAGGCGUCCGAGGCAGCGUUGCAGGGAAGCUCCAGCCAAGGCUUCAAUGACAGGCUGAGCAGGCAAACCCAGGACUCACAUGAGCCGUGGUUUAGCUCGGGCUCAAGGAGGGAGCAUGGACAGCUGCACUGGGACCCACGGACAGACAGAGGACACCGGAGAAGCUGUUCUGUGAAAACGGCCAGCAGACAGACCAGCGGACACCUGGGCUCUCUUUGUACAGGGGACGUCAAGCGGAGGAGAAAAGCAGCCCCUCUCGGUUCCAUUGCACCCUCAGGAGUGGUUGGGGAGAACGCGCUGCCCAUCCCUGACACCAACAUGGGGAACCGCAUGCUGCAGAGCAUGGGCUGGAGCCCAGGGAUGGGUCUGGGUCCAGAGGGAAGGGGCAUCACCGAGCCCAUCAGGGCCACGCAGAGACCCAAAGGCACCGGGCUCGGUUUCAACUGAAGGUCCCCGCUGUUUGAGUACGAACCUGGAGCAGGCUGGGACUAGACACUCCAAUGCGUGGGGUGUCGCAUGAAGGGAAUGAGCGAGGUUUGUCCCAGCAGCGAGUGGAACUUUCCCAUAUUGGGGAAGCUACAGGAAGCCUGGUAUAUCCUCAGAGUGAGUGACUGUAACUGAAGCGGAGCUGAAAACCAGACUUCUUUCAGACAUGUCAGUUCAAGCAAGUCCAUGUUGUCGCCAAUGACAAACGCCUGCUUGUUAGUUUCAGCUGGUAUGUCCCUCCCCACCCCCGUUUACCUCGGACGCCAGCGUUAUAAAGCUUGGACCUGCUGUCGUCAACCACAGACUGAAAGCGGCGCUCAAACGCACCAGAUAUAAGAGCGACGACUGUUUCCAGUCAGUGGUACCGGUUAGUGAGCCAGAGAUAAAUGAUUUUGUCAAAAUUGCACAAUAUAUAUUUGGAAUCAAAGACUUGCCGAACAGGCCAUACCUCAAAGAUCUGUAUUGUAGGUUCCUUUUUAUUUUAAAAGACUUUGAAGAACACUGUACGGACGUGUUCCCACCCUAUUUCAAUGGAAGACGUCAUAUCAUCACAAUGUUAUUGUCUGUCCGAUAACAAACCCAUUUCCAUUCAUUUAGCAAUAGUGUGUAUGACUCUAUAGCCGUGGCUGCUGCAGGGUUUGUGUCUCACAUUUGGUCCUGUCUCACCCCGUGUGCUCCUGGAAUGUGUUUGUCCUGCGGUCUUGGCCAUCCUCAGUCCCUGCAGGUGCAGAUGCUGAUACUGUCACUAUGUCCAGACUUUGGGGAACAUGUGUCAACCACAAAUGAAAUGUGCUAAAUACAAUGUUCUAUUUAAUGUUUCACAUCCGACCUUUUCAUAUGAUGCUGUCACGUCAAAAGAAACUCCCACGUUCACGUCCACUGAUGAUUUGGUUCAACAAUAACAUUGUUUAUAUUUUUAUGGGGACUAAUAUAAGCUGCAGAAAGCAAAGCUGCACUAGUGUCAGUUAUGAGUGGCAUCAAUAAAAUGCUGUUUAAUUGACCACUU